AUGCCUACACGCCGGACAGCAGAACCACGCCUUAUUGUCAUCGGGUGCGGGGUUGCUGGCAUUGCGCUCUCUGCCCGGCUUAGAUCACAGCUGGGAUACGAUAAUUUUGUCGUUUACGAAAGAGAAAGGUCUAUCGGGGGUACGUGGUACCUUAAUACGUACCCUGGCGUGGGGUGCGAUGUCGAUUCUCACCUCUACUCCUUCUCCUUCAACCUGAACCCCGACUGGUCAAAGCGGUUCGCCGAGCAAUCCGAGAUUCUUCAAUAUCUACAAGAUACGGUCGACAAGUUCGGGGUUAGACCCCAUGUGCGGCUCGGAGUGGAGGUGGUUGAGGCCGCUUGGAUCGAAGAGAAGUCAGUCUGGCAGGUGACCCUUCGCGACCUCGACGACAACCAUGUCUUCCACAAAGAAGCGGAAAUGCUAGUAUCCUGCGUGGGUACAAUAUCCAUACCCAAAGACUGCAACAUCCCGGGCCACGAGAGGUUCAGAGGCGACAUGUGGCAUUCGGCGCGCUGGAAUCAUAAUGUCUCUCUCAGGGGUAAGCGCGUCGCUGUUAUCGGCAAUGGCUGCUCCGCCGCUCAACUUGUCCCGUAUGUGGUUAAGGAAGCGGCGCAGGUAUACCAGUUCCAACGAUCACCUCAAUGGAUCAACGAAAGACCUAAUAGCAACUUCACCGAUUCCCAAAAAUGGUGCUUCCGCAACGUGCCCCUCUGGAACCGCGUCUACCGCUUCUACCUGUGGAAGAACACGGACGCCCUUCACAAUCUAUACCAAUCCGAGACAGCCCGAUCGAUACGUAACCGCGCCGCCGCCACGGAACACGCCAAAGCCUAUAUGAUAGCGACUGCGCCGAAGAAGUACCAUGACCUCCUCAUUCCCCAAUUUCCACUCGGGUGUAAACGACGCAUCUUUGACCCUGGCUACCUCGAGAGCCUCCACAGUCCCAACAUCGAACUCUUAGCGGAGCCCAUCCUGGAAAUCACCGAGACCGGUCUACGAACGCCCCAACGAAAUAUCGAUGUCGACGCUAUCGUCCUAAGCACGGGCUUCAAGAUCCAGGAAUUCUUGUCUCCUAUCACUGUCAAGGGUGUCGGUAGUGUUAGCCUGAACGAACACUGGAAAGACACGCGAGGCGCACAGGCGUACAAGGCGACGUUCGUGACGGGCUUCCCUAACUUCGGGAUCGUGUUCGGUCCUAACGCCUUCCCCGCGCACAACUCGGUCAUCUAUACGAACGAGGUACAAGUGGAGUACAUCAUCAAGGCCAUGGUGAAGCCGAUCCUACGUGGAGACUUCCAAGUCAUCGACGUCAAGGAAGCCGCGGAGCAUCGCGAUGCUAAUGUAGUCCAGGCUCGGCUGAAGUCCAUGGUCUGGAAUGCCGGCUGCAGCAACUGGAACCUGGACGCCACCGGCCGCAACACCACCAACUACCCCGACGAAACCUGGAAGUUCUGGUAUCAGCUCUACUGGCCGGUGUGGAAGGACUUUAACCUCUACGGCGGCAAAGGCACACAUCCCCUGCACCCGGCAUGGAAGGUGGCGGCGACGUUGGCUAGUUUUGGAGUCUUUUUACCAGUUCUACUCAGCAGAAGCUUUCACCUCUUAGGCCCUGCUGUGAACAUGUUGAAGCAGAAGGUGCUGUGA